AUGCAAUACCCGGCACUGCCCGGGAGGAGGGAGCAAAGCCGACCCUGCAAGGCGGUACCUGAAGCCGAUCCUCGCGGGGCCGCCGCUGCCGGCGCUCCUGGGGCGGGCAGGGGUUCCGGAGGGGGGCUCCCUCGCGCUCGCCCCUCGCGUUCCGCAAUUUGGCCGCCGUCGCAGCUCGAACCAAAGUUGCGCCCGCGCGGGCUGGCGCGCGGCGGGAGGGGGCUGCGGAGCGGGGCACGGGGCGCCUCCACCUGCCGGCGCCACGAGGGGGGGGCCCGGGCCGAGCGCGGCGGCGAGGCGAGGAGAGCGCCGGGACUGCGCGCCGCACCCCCCUGUCCCGCGCGGAGGGUGAGCCCGCCCGGAGCUAGCGCGGCGGGGCUCGGCUGCCCAGGGAGCCCCGACGACCGAGGUGAAGUGGCUCUCGCGGUGGCGGAGGCUGCGGUGCUCGGGGUCCCGCGCCGCGAGCCCAGCGCAACCGUUUGGGGCAGUGGCCCGCGGGUGCGCCCGCGCUCCCGCCCUUCCCCGCCGCCCGGCCCGCGCCGCCGCUGCCCCGCCCCGCCUGGCGCCCGCCGCGGGAAAGGUGGCGCGGACCUGAGUCGGCGGCGGGGCCCAGCGCGGGCAGAGGUCUCCUCGGUCUCCUUAGGGGGCUUGGAUGAAUUUGGUCCCCUGGAAAGUUUGCAUUUCCGGCGCUCUCAUUCUGGAGCCUCGGUUGCAGUAAUUGCUUCGGGGGAACCCGGAGCCCCGAACGGCAGUGAGGGGGUCGGGGACGUACGGGCAAAAGCGCGGGCUCCAGCACCUCCGCAGCUCCCGUGCCGCACGUGGACGUCUGCGCCGCCCCCGCCGACUUACCUGAGCCCUGGAGAGUUGCUUCCCUUGGUUCCCUCCAUGGUCUCCCAUCCAGCAGCGGCUCUGCUCAGGAAGGUCAUUCCUGUUGCCUGCCCAAAAGAAGAAGUGAGGAGGAAACACAUCCGUCUGCACAUGGAAGGGGCGCUGACUGCCCGGGACAAGGUCGGGGUUCAGGAUUUUGUGCUACUGGACGCAUACACCAGCGAAUCUGCCUUUCUUGACAACCUCCGCAAGCGUUUCAGCAAGAAUCUCAUAUACACAUAUAUUGGCACCCUCCUUGUGUCUGUGAAUCCAUACCAGGAGCUUGGAAUCUACACUGUGAGCCAGAUGGAACUUUAUCAAGGGGUCAAUUUCUUUGAACUGCCACCACAUGUCUACGCCAUAGCCGACAACGCUUACCGAAUGAUGUGCUCUGAACUAAGUAACCAUUUCAUCCUCAUUUCCGGAGAGAGCGGGGCAGGGAAAACAGAGGCCUCCAAGAAAAUUCUCCAGUAUUUUGCAGUGACCUGCCCAAUGACACAGUCACUACAAAUAGCCCGUGACAGACUGCUGCUCUCCAACCCAGUGCUGGAGGCUUUUGGAAAUGCCAGAACGCUCCGGAAUGACAACUCCAGCAGAUUUGGGAAAUACGUGGAUAUACAAUUUGAUUUUCAGGGCAUCCCUGUAGGUGGACAUAUCAUCAGUUACUUAAUAGAGAAGUCCCGAGUUGUCUACCAAAAUCAAGGUGAACGGAAUUUCCACAUCUUCUACCAGCUGCUAGCAGGUGGCGAAGAGGAGCGCCUGGCUUACCUGGGCCUUGAGCGAGACCCCCGGCUGUAUAAAUACCUCUCACAGGGUCAUUAUGCCAAAGAGUCAUCCAUUAAUGACAAGAAUGACUGGAAAACUGUUUCCAGUGCCUUUUCUGUCAUUGAUUUUACUGAAGCUGACCUCGAGAAUCUCUUUGGAAUCAUUGCCAGUGUCUUACACCUGGGGAACAUUGGUUUUGAAGAAGAUGACCAAGGCUGUGCCACUAUCCCAGACACCAGCGAGAUCAAGUGGAUCGCCAAGCUCCUGGGGGUCCACCCGUCAGUCCUUCUGGAAGCUCUCACCCACAGAAAAAUUGAAGCCAAAACUGAGGAGGUGAUCUGCCCAUUGACACUAGAACUCUCUGUCUACGCUAGAGAUGCAAUGGCAAAGGCUGUUUACGGCCGAACAUUUACUUGGCUGGUCAACAAAAUCAAUUCCUCCUUAGUUAACAAGGAUUUCACCAGGAAAACUGUGAUUGGAUUACUCGACAUAUAUGGGUUUGAAGUCUUCGACAAGAAUGGUUUUGAACAGUUCUGUAUAAAUUACUGCAACGAGAAACUCCAGCAACUGUUAAUUGAGAGGACUCUAAAAGCAGAACAGGCAGAAUAUGAAAUGGAAGGCAUAGAGUGGGAGCCAAUUCAAUAUUUCAACAACAAGAUCAUCUGUGAUUUGGUAGAAGAGAGACACAAAGGAAUCAUAUCCAUUCUGGAUGAAGAAUGCAUUCGUCCUGGUCCGGCUACAGACUUGAGUUUCUUGGAGAAAUUAGAAGAGAAAGUGGGCAAACAUGCACACUUCGAAACCCGUAAGCUGGCUGGUCCAAAGGACCGAAAGGGGAUUGGCUGGAUGGAGUUCCGCCUCCUCCACUAUGCAGGGGAGGUCACCUACUGCACUAAGGGAUUCUUGGAAAAAAACAAUGAUCUUCUUUACAGACAUCUGAAAGAAGUGCUGUGCAAGUCCAAGAAUGUUAUCCUGAGGGAAUGCUUCCUGCUGGCCGAGCUAGAAAACCGGAGGAGGCCCCCAACAGUGGGGACUCAGUUUAAAAACAGUCUGAGCAGCCUUCUAGAAAUUCUCAUCUCUAAGGAGCCCUCAUACAUCCGUUGCAUCAAGCCCAAUGACAGGAAAGAACCCAGCAAAUUUGAUGACUUCCUCAUAAGGCAUCAGAUCAAAUACCUGGGGCUGAUGGAGCACCUGCGGGUGAGACGGGCUGGCUUUGCGUACCGGAGGAAAUACGAGCAUUUCUUGCAAAGGUACAAGUCCUUGUGCCCAGACACCUGGCCACACUGGCACGGGCCUCCAGCAGAGGGUGUGGAACGGCUGAUCAAGUACAUCGGCUACAAACCCGAGGAAUACAAGUUAGGCAAAACCAAAAUAUUCAUUCGUUUCCCCAGAACUCUGUUUGCUACUGAAGAUGCCUUUGAAUUCAGUAAACAUCAACUAGUUGCAAGAAUCCAGGCCACGUACAAAAGCUGCCUAGGAAGGAGAGAUUACGUGAAAAAAAGACAAGCAGCCAUCAAACUGGAAGCCCACUGGCGUGGAGCCCUGGCUCGGAAGGCAAUGAAAAGGAGAAAGUGGGCCGUGUGGAUUAUCAGAAAAUUCAUCAAGGGAUUCAUCAGUCGUAACAAACCCCUCUGCCCUGACAAUGAGGAAUUUAUAGAGAUUGUGCGGAAGAAGUACAUCUUGAAUCUCCGGUAUCACCUUCCAAAGACUGUCUUGGACAAGAGCUGGCUGACGCCUCCUGGAAUCUUGGAAAAUGCAUCAGAGCUGCUCAGGAACAUGUGCGUGAGGAACCUGGUACAGAGGUACUGCCGGGGCAUCACGGCUGAGCGGAAAGCAAUGAUGCAGCAAAAGGUAGUUACAAGUGAAAUCUUCAGAGGAAAGAAAGACGGCUACACAGAAAGUUUAAAUCAACCCUUCGCCAACAGUCGGAUAGAUGAAGGAGACAUCAAUCCCAAAGUGCUUCAGCUAAUUAGCAAUGAGAAAAUCCAGUAUGGUGUCCCAGUCAUCAAAUAUGACAGGAAAGGCUUCAAAGCACGGCGGCGGCAACUCAUUCUUACUCAGAAAGCAGCGUAUGUGGUGGAACUUGCCAAAAUCAAGCAGAAAAUAGAGUACUCGGCUCUCAAAGGUGUCUCCACUAGCAAUCUGAGUGACGGAAUCUUAGUCAUUCAUGUUUCACCGGAGGACAACAAGCAAAAGGGGGAUGCUGUUUUACAGUGUGGACACAUGUUUGAAGCGGUUACCAAACUCGUCAUGCUGGUUAAGAAGGAGAAUAUUGUCAAUGUUGUUCAAGGAAGUUUACAGUUUUAUAUUAGUCCGGGAAAAGAAGGCACAAUAGUUUUCAACACUGGACCAGAAGAACGGAUCUAUAAAGAUAAAAAUGGACAAUUAACAGUGGUGUCGGUCCGGAGGAAAUCCUGAUAGAGGAUGGCGUCUGACCUCUACCAUCACCAUUUUUGCUCCAACUGAGGAAAUUACAGAAGUGGGGAUUGGCUCCAGUUAGCUACCUCUUCAAGGAAUGAGGCCGCAGCACUAAUGGAUCACAUCUGAAGAAACUGAGGGGUGCAUUAGGCCAAAGUCUAACCCCAGCUUCUCACUGCCCCGUGGCACCACAUUAAAAUGUCUUCUGGAAGCAGACGCCCAGGUCACCCGAAGGUGUGAUUCUAAACACCCUCGACGGGACCUAUGUUCGAAGGUGGGCAAGAUUCUCUACCUCUGUCAGGCUGCCCCAAGACAUGAUGAAAUACUGUGUACAGCAAGUUCUCAAAUAACAUCAUUUCUUCAUACACUGGUAAGGAAAAUAUCUGAUUCCUGGCCAAGGCCGCUGGGUGGAGUCUGUACGUUCUCCCCAUGUCUCUGGGUUUCUUCUGGGGGCUCUGGUGUCCUCCCACAUCCCCAAGGUGUGUGUGUCAGGUGAACUGGUAUGUCUAUGCGGUCCCUGUCUGAGUGCGUGUAGGUGUGUGACUGAGCCCAGUAAGGGGAGGGUAUCCUGUCCAAAGUGGGUCCCACCUUGUGCCCUGAACUUCGGGGAUUGGGCUCUGGCCAUCUGCAACCCUGAAGAUGCAGGUUGGAUAACGAAUUAAUAUAAAUUAUUGUAAAAUAAAAAUGUAUAUAAAGUAUAUGAUCACACAGAUGGACAAUAAAUGGUGC